UUUCAUCGACGGUCGAGUCUACUGACGCAAACCUGGUUCAGUUAGAGGAAAGUUAUCAGAGUCCCGAUUUAGACCGCUGAUAUUCUAAAGUACGGCUUCAGUUAAAGGAGUGUUUAGUUUAAUAAACUCAUUGUUUAGAGAUAAUAGAAACUGGAUUUCGCAGGAAAUCACUCAUCAAAUUGAUGGAAUAUAGCUAUAGACGUGGAAGAUGGCCGCCCUAUUGAAGAGAUCAUCCAACAAUCCAGUAAAGAAGAAGAAGCCGAAGGGGACGGAUGGCCUGAAAUGGUUGUACGAUAGUAAGAGGAAGAGGAAGGAGCGCUGCAAUGACUGCACGGGCUGCAAAGCGCCCGACUGUGGGGAGUGCAUACAUUGCAAAGACAAGCCAAAAUUUGGCGGUCGCGGAGUUAGAAAGCAGUGUUGUGACAGACGAAUUCUUCGGAGCACCCCAGGCCAUCCAACUGUCCAGACGUGGCGAUCGCCACUGGAAGUAGCAGCUUCCAACCGGCGCUCCGUCACCGGCGAAAAGUCCCGCAGCUGCCGUCAAUCCAGGUGUCUCGCCGCACAGCCAGAGGAUACCAGAACGAAUUUUCGACAAACAACAAACGAUGUCAGAUGGCCAGUACAGAUGGUAUCUUCUAAAUAGAGACGUAGCUCUGCCUAUGUAAUGCCUACCUCAAGCCAUGAAGAAUCAGAAAGAACUAUCCAGAGCUAUAGCCAUGGCUACUGACCAAACAGAAGAACAUGCAAUAGACGAGGCCUUAGUUGCUGAACACGAAGGCAUUCAGCCGUCAAAGAUCUCGCCACAUUAUCUCCAUUCCAACAGCACCUCGCACACGUGGGUUUUUUCUGCUAUUGCAGAGUUAAUUGAUAACGCUUGUGAUGCAAAUGCUAAGGAGCUUAAGAUCGAUAAAAGAGAGAUAAUGACGAAAGACUGUCUCAUCAACCCGAAAGUCUGUCUAACGCUUCUCGAUAAUGGGAAAGGGAUGACACACGAGGAACUUAGUAACAUGUUGAGUUUUGGCUUCAGUAUGCACCCUAACAAUGUGAAGAUAGGAAAAUUUGGCAAUGGUUUUAAGGCGGGUUCCAUGAGAAUAGGGGACGAUGCCAUGGUAUUCACGCGCUGCAAGACUUCUACGAGUAUAGGAUUGCUCUCGCAGACAUAUCUGAAAGCAAUUAAGGCAAAAUACGUUAUUGUUCCCAUUGUGACCUGGACACCACAAAACAAAGAUAUGAAUCGCGAAUCGUCCAUUGAGAGUGAUGCUAACUUGUCCGCCAUUUUGGAACACGGACUAUUUUCAUCAGAGGAAGAGUUGAUGCAUGAAAUACAGGAUUUUGAGAAAAUGAAAUUUGCCACUGGAACAAAAAUAGUUAUCUUCAACGUGAGGAAAGACAAAAGUGGGAAGACAGAGCUUGAUUUUUCGUCUGACCCGAUUGACAUUCGUAAUCCGGAAACAGCACUCAGUGAGAAAACGCCCAUCGACCGUCCUGUGAUUGAUGUCUGUCCGGAAUAUAGGAAAUCAUUGCGAGAGUACUGUAGUAUUUUGUACUUAAAACCAAGAAUGAGGAUUGUAAUUCAAGGAAGAAAAGUACAAACUAAGCUGAUCGACAAAUCGUUGUUGGAGGGAGAAACAGAUGUGUACAAUCCCACCUGGCUCGAUCGUCAUGUAAGAACUGUAAGAAACACUGUAAAAAUCACGUUUGGAUUUACCAGGAACAAAGAUACGGAUCCGUAUGGUCUGAUGUUAUACCACAAAAACCGACUCAUCGAUGCCUAUCGUAAAGUUGGCUGUCAGAAAAAGGGUAAAGGCCAUGGUAUUGGCGUCAUUGGUGUGGUCGAAGCAUACUUUCUCGAACCAACACAAAACAAACAGGAGUUCAUCAACAACCAAAGAUACAAUACAUUUAUUAAUGCUGCUGCAGGAAAGCUGAACGAUUAUUAUUAUACAAAAUCCAAUACAGAGGACCCAAACUUCUCUCAAAGCUCAAAGGCUCCACAUUUAAUUAAAUACCAAUGGGUACAAUGUGACAAUUGCAAUACGUGGCGAAGACUGCCAGCUGGGCACACAGAUGAAAAAUUGUCUGAUGUUUACAGAACAUGGUCCUGCAAACAAAAUCCGGAUGUUUAUUACAAUCGUUGUGAUAUUCCCGAGGAGCCCGAGGACGAGAGUGAGAAACCACAGACCACCUACAAAAAAACGUACAAGAAGGCAAAGGAAGAAAAAAGAAGAAAAGAAAAAUUUGGAGAGGCGAUCAGCACGAAUUACAAUAGUACUGAACCAAAUAAUCGAGAACCAAAAGAUCAGAUUGCAGGAGACGUAGAUGAAGAUAUACCCAUGAAGAUGGAAGUCAAUCUAACAGUUGAUAAAGAUGCAUUGCGUGUGAGAACCACCGUCCCAAUAACUGUAACGGAAGCGAAAGCGACGGAGUCUAUGAAAGUUCCAAGCACAUCCGUUUCCUCUACGAUUUAUUCCAGAGCGCCGAAACGGAAUAUUGGGCACGAUUUUUGCAGUCAAAAGACAAAACAAAGAAAAAAUGAGUCCCCAAAACUUCCUGUCAUGGAUAUAGAUCGGAGAGACAUUGCACAGUUUAACGAUGUGGGCGUGGAAUUAAAUGCCCAGUCUGAUACAGACAUAGGAAACGCUGACACAGAAAGUAUAAUAUUUGGAGCCGAUAUUUCCAGCGAAGAAACAAUUCAGGCUGAAAGGACAGAGUUUGAAAAAAUGGAAGUACAAACAUCUUUAACUGCGUCUCAAAGUAUUUCUCAAGAAACGAACUUCUUACCAUUAAUGCUACUCGAACACGGUCAAAGACCGCUGGAUUUAGAAGGUUCAAUACAAAAACCUGUAAGGAAAAUAACAGAAUCGGAAAAGAGUCAACCCACGCUGUUAGACGAAUCAAAAGAAUUAGAAACACUUAAACGAAUGCUGUUUGAGACAAGAAACAAAUUACAUGAUACGGAACAAACAUUGGUUGAGAAAACAAAAGAACAAGAAGAAACAACACGAAAACUUGCUGAGAUAACAGAUAAUUUACAAAGUACACAGAACGUACUUAUUAAGACAAGAAAAGAUUUAGAAGGCACUGAACAAGAAAUGAAUGCUAAAGAAGACACUUUGCUUGAGAAAACGAAAGACUUAGAGGAGACGAAACAAACGUUAACAAAUUUGCGUACAAAUAUUUGGGAGAUGCUGAAAAUAUUAUUUGUUUCAGAUUUUGCCAGUGGUGAACCAGAAAACAUUGACCAAGUUAUUAUGGAUUUUAUACAGCACUUUUAACCGACCCUUUAUUAAGUUACAAGAAGCCUUUCCUUUUAAGUGGUUAAUCUUACGCACUAUAUUACACUUGAUAUAGAACUACUAAUACAUUUUUAUGCCCCCCUUCGAAGAAGAGAGGGUAUAUUGUUUUGCUCAUGUCGGUCCGUCGGUCGGUCGGUCGGUCCGUCCACCAGAUGGUUUCCGGAUGAUAACUCAAGAACGCUUAGGCCUAGGAUCAUGAAACUUCAUACGUAGAUUGAUCAUGACUGGCAGAUGACCCCUAUUGAUUUUCAGGUCACUAAGUCAAAGGCCAAGGUCACAGUGACUCGAAAUAGUAAAAUGGUUUCCGGAUGAUUACUCAAGAAUGCUUAGGCCUAGGAUCAUGAAACGUCAUAGGUACAUUGAUCAUGACUGGCAGAUGACCCCUAUUGAUUUUCAGGUCACUAGGUCAAAGGUCAAGGUCACAGUGACUCUAAACAGUAAAAUGGUUUCCGGAUGAUAACUCAAGAAUGCUUACGCCUACGAUCAUAAAACUUCAUAGGUAUAUUGUUCCUGACUGGCAGAUGACCGCUAUUGAUUUUCAGGUCACUAAGUCAAAGGUCAAGGUCACAGUGACUCUAAACAGUAAAAUGGUUUCCUGAUGAUAACUCAAAAAUGCUAACGCCUAGGAUCAUGAAACUUUAUAGGAACAUUGAUCAUCACUGGCAGAUGACUCGUAAUGAUUUUUAGGUCACUAGGUCAACGGUCAAGGUCACAGUGACUCGAAAUAGUAAAAUGGUUUCCGAAUGGUAACUCAAGAAUGCUUACGCCUAGGAUCAUGAAACUUCAAAGAUGCAUUGAUCAUCACUGGCAGAUGACCCCUAUUAAUUUUCAGGUCACUAGGUCAAAAGUCAAGGUCACAGUGACUCGAAACAGUAAAAUGGUUUCCCGAUGAUAACUCAAGAAUAAUUAGGCCUAGGAUCAUGAAACUUCAUAGCUACAUUGAUCAUGACUGGCAGAUGACACCUAUUGAUUUUCAAGUCACUAGGUCAAAGGUCAAGGUCAGUGACAAAAAAUUAUUCACACAAUGGCUGCCAGUACAACUGACAGCCCAUAUGGGGGGCAUGCAUGUUUUACAAACAGCCCUUGUUAUAUUAUAUAAUUAUAUAUUCUAACAGUCUUUAUACAUGCACAAAGUGUGAAUUAUUUAAAAGGAAGCGAGAACUAGUAAAAUAUCGCAGAUAUACGAAAUAUCUGACAUGUGAAAUAUAAUUCUGUAUAUAAACGCGGACCUGACGAUCAUUCACGAAUCAUUUCAUGCAAAAAAACAUCAGUGAAUAUAAAUUAAAACAAUUCAAUACACUUAAAUGGUAAAUGUUUGAGAUAACUUUAUAUUUUCAGAAAUGCGUAUUUACCGGUAAUUGACAUUUUGAGUAUACAUGCAUAUAGAAGUUUUAUGAUAUUUGCGGUUAGUUAAAUUACAAUUCGAUGUAUUGUAUUUUUAAUAUAUACUAUAAAAUGAUGCAUGUGAUUGUAAUUGUAACAUGUAUUGUUGAAACUAUAAAUGUUGUUUAGAUAAUGAAUUUAUUCAAAUUAUGUACAUUACAAAUAAUUAUACAUGCAUUGUUAUGUAAAUUGUCGUCGGCCGGUCCUGCAUCUGUAUUUUACAUGUUGAUUUUGUCAUUUCAAACUUUUUUUUACGAUUCAACUAAAAACUUGUUUUGCUGAUAUUCCCUGACCCGUAAUGGUUCAAUUGAUCUCAAUGUCCGAAAUGGCUCUUACCAACUUCCAUUCGUUUAUUAUGUUGCCUCAAGUGAAUUAAAGUAACACAAACAAUUAUUAUCGUAAUAUUGACACAUAUACAUUAUUUGACGUAAAUUCUUACUAGGAUUAUAUAUUUAGCUGCUUUUCAGUGACUCUUAAAUAUGGAAAUUGUGUAUUAUUUUGCGAUAUAAGUAAUUACAAAUUACUAUAUAAAACAGGUAUCAUCAAGUGUAAAGAUAAUUUCCCCCGUUGUUUGAAGAUAAUGUAAAGUAAUGAAGACUUAAAUCUGUUAAACGAAACUGGAAUUAAACAGGUAUGAAAGGGGUACAUUUUUAUUGACGAAAUGCCUUUUCUUCGCUACAUUAUUAACGUUGUUUCCCAUUUACAAAAAACUAUGGGAUGGUUACCCAAGGUGACGAUUUUAUUAAAAGGUAGAAAUAGGGCCAUCGGGCACAAUAUCAUGUCAACCGUACUAUCCUUAUUCAUAUUAUUCCAGAUACGCGUUUGGACUGAGGCAAGGGGAGUUAAUGAUGCCGAUUUUAUUUUCUUUAUUUGUUGCAUUUUGAUUUUUUUUUUACAAGAUAACAUUAUCUCUCGUUUGAGUAUAGAUGAUAUUGUGUUGAUUUAGCUAUUAUUUGCUGACGACACGGCUGGUGUAGGCAAGUCAACUGCUAAGUUCAUUCUCAUUUAGAUAAAUACUAUUUUAUUGCAACUCAAGAGUGGUAUGGUAAAUUGAAUAACAGCCCUGUAUCAGAUAUGUAUUAACUAUUUAAAAUCUCUUUGGAUAUGAAGAAUACUUAGACUUACUCCACAGACGUCUAAGUUUACUUUUUGUUAGAUUAGAGUCUCCACAAACCCGUUGAAUACAAAUAGGAAGAUAUAUUAUUCAGAACAACAUCCCCCGAAAUGAACGUUAUUGUUUUGUUGUAACGCCAUAGAUUUAGAAGAUGUAUAUAAUGUUAUAAGCUGCCGUAACACUGAUUUAAGAAAAAAAAUCAUCCGUAUAUUUUAUAUUAACCCAUCUGUAUAUAAAUUCCACAUGUUAUUAGUUGCAUGUGAUAGUUUAGUACUAUAUAAUAUAUGUAAAUAUACAUAAGAAGCUUUAGUUAUAGGAAAAAUCAUCCUUAAAAAUACCGUAUAAUAGAUUUCAUCUACCCCUAGAUAGAACUUGCGCGUUUUUGCCAUAGAUUGUGUUUAUUUGUAAUUUUAUGUUUUAUUUACUUUUUAGCCGGAUUUUUUUCGAAAAAAUCUCGGCUUAUAGAUUGAUGUUGUC